AUGUCGCUGUGCCUGAACCGUUUGACGGAAGAGAGGAAGCAAUGGCGCAAGGAUCACCCGUUUGGUUUUUACGCGAAACCUCAUCGAACUGCGCAGGGUGUGCUUGACCUGAAACGCUGGGAGUGUGGUGUUCCUGGCAAGUCGCAGACACUUUGGGAGGGUGGCUUAUUCAAGCUCGAUGUCAUAUUCCCUGAUGAGUACCCGACCAAACCACCAAAGUGCAAGUUCGUUCCGCCGCUCUUCCAUCCGAACGUUUAUCCGUCUGGAACCGUCUGUCUUUCUAUCUUGAACGAGGAUGAAGCAUGGAAACCUGCCAUUACAAUCAAACAGAUCCUGCUGGGUAUUCAGGACUUACUGAAUGACCCGAACCCCGAGUCUCCUGCUCAGGCGGAGGCAUACAAUCUGUUCAAGAAGGAUAAGCCAGCCUACGAGAGGCGUGUUAAACAGGUUGUGCGGGAGAACCCCUCUUUAUGA